AUGCUGUGCGCUGGGGACCUCAAUACUGGAAAGUCUAUCUGCCGAGGAGAUUCUGGGGGUCCCCUUGUCUGCAAACUGAACAGUACCUGGUUUCUGAUGGGGCUUUCCAGCUGGAGUUUGGCCUGCCGCCAGCCCAUAGGCCCCAGUGUCUUCACCAGACUCACUUACUUCUCCAGCUGGAUCAGUGAGAAGCAGAGAACCUCGCCAAAUCCUGAUCCUUCUUCUGCUCCUCCUCAGAGCAAACCACCUGCUUUGGAUGACUUUACCUCUCUGGGCACUGUUCACAAGCCCAGGAGCUGCACAACGCUGGUGUUUUCACAGACCUUCCCUCUGCUUCUGAUUUCCCUCAAGGCUCUGUGA